CCGCAAUGAUCGUCAAAGUAUUUUCAUGAUUCUCUUUCAUUCCUUUUUUUGACAUCUUCUUCCGCUGUUUUUUCCCGUCUCUCCGAAGUCCAAUUGGCACUAGGGCCUGUAUUAAUUCGUAUUAUCCCCGACCAGCAAUGGCAUCAGGCACCAAAGGUAGCGCGGGUGAUGAUGGCGACUUCGAUUCGGAUACCGAGGAAAUUCGGAUGUUCCCAGACCAGCGGAUCGUGAAAGAAGUUAGCGUCGAUUCUCAAAAUUUGCUUGGCAGUGGUGCUUUCUGUAGUGUUUACGCUGGUUGGGUUGGUUUGGCGGAAGGGAAUGGUGGUGAAAAUGCGGAGCAGCCGGAAUCUACCGCUAAUGACAAUGCAGACGAGGAGGCAGCCUCCAUCAACUUGAGUCGUAAACUGGUACGUGCCCCGCGCAGCGUUGCUGUGAAGCGCGGCCAUCCGAUAUUCCUCAUACCUGACGUUCACGGACAUCGGCCGUUCGUCAAGUCGCUGUCGUUUGCGCUGCAGCACUGGAGCAGUCUGCCGCCCCAUCCCUCGCUGAUCCACUACUACGGUGUAUCGGACGUGACCGGUGACGCAGCAGGCGCGGACAACCCUCCAGGUUUGGUGGUGGAGCGCAUGGGCAUGUCCCUGUACGAAGCCGUGCAAAGCUCUGGCAGCGUAGCAUGGACAGUGCUGGUGGACGUUGCACAUGACGUUGCAUAUGCACUCAGUCACAUGCACUCCAAUGCCUACGUACACCGAGCAGUGACAAACCGCUGUGUGCUGUUCACGGAGGACCCACGCGACGAUCAGCCUGUGGCCAAAUUGGGUGGGCACGUGGAGCAGCGAACGUUUCACCACCGACUUUCACGGAUUGCCCGUCGGCUGAAGCGUUACCCGAGCUCGUUUGGAUUCGCCGCACCAGAGACCGUUGACCCGCCGCUCCGCGGUGGCGGUGGGGCACGUCAAAAGGCCGGUAGCUUGCCCACACAUGUAGAUGCGCCGUCUGACGUGUACUCGUUAGGCGCCGUGCUGCUGAGUGCGUCGUUGGCACAGGAACCGUCUUUCAUCGGCGAGCUGUUUCUAUGGCGACCGGGCAGCACCGGGUGUGACAUGUGGGCGGACGAGCAGCACAGAAACCGGCAAGGGCAGCUGAAACAGCUCGAGGAGCAGUGCCCCAGCGCUGCGUUCGUUCAGCUUGUACGCCAGUGCCUGGAGCGCAAGGAGAAAGCACGGCCGGCGGCCGCGGAUCUCGUCACGAAACUUCAGGAGAUCCGACUCGGCGAGCAGUACCGAGCAAGCGGAGGAACGCGGUAUCCCAAGCCGCCGUCACCAAUUGUUGUCGAUGAUGACCAGGACCCACGUCGUGAGAUUGUGGACGAUUGUGCUGCCAGUACAUUGGAACAUGACAGCGAUGGUGCCCAGGACGUCCCCACCGAUGCGAGUCAAUCCGUGACGCAAGAAAAUUCAGAGCCUGUAGAGGCCGACUCUCUCGUUGGCAGCACACAGGAUAGCGAUGGGUCUCCGGGCGUCGGAGGCGCGCUUGAGGAGCCAUCCGGGGCUGAUCGUACUGGCGGUGUCACAGAGGAUAGCGCACAGGAGGAGGGGGUUGCCACGGCGGCAAAUUCUGUCACGCAGCCGUCGCCGACUGUGGAAACUGUGCAUAGCAUGCCUGAAGAACGUGAUGAUUUUUCUGCCGAAGAUUGCCCAGCAGCACAGGAAAACCUGCCUCGGCAACAGGAGAUAAGAGAACGACAGCAGAGCAACGAGGUGGUGACAGAAGUGCCGGAACUGGCCGACUCGGCUGCCGAGAGCUCCGAACCAGAGCAUAGACAUUCCAAGACGCCCAACGGCAAGGAACCCUCGGACAGCGUCGAUGUUGACAUUCCCGCACGUUCAGCAGGACAGAGCGGUGGACAGAUCGACCAAGAGUUUGAAGCAAGGGGAUCGCCUGAAGGCUCCACCGAUUCGCAGGAAACCGCUGCCGGCUCAAUGAGUUCAGACACUCAACAAGAAGGAGAGCAUGAGGGUGACAUGACUGGAUACAUUGACCAGGAGUCUGUAGAGCAGUCGCCGACUGAUGCGCCAGCUAGUGAGGUGCCUUUAAGCAAGCCGGGCACUGCCGUACUCCAAAGCACACCUGCGGACGAAGCAAUCCCUGGCUCGUGUACUGUUUCCCAUGCGCAGAGCUCACCGGAAACUCCGACGACAAUGGCUAGCGAGAACAUUGGUGCAGAAUCAUUGCAUGCCUCGAUUUCAAACGAGGAUGAGCAAGCGGCAAAAAAGCCGGAGGAUCAACCAGCCUCGGGUAUAACAUUAGACCAGUCCGUGGCGAUAAAUAACAGUACGUGCAUGGAUAACACCGCACCCAACAACAGCUGUGCGUCCGAAUCUCGCAAUUCGGAUAACGCUAGCGAAGUGCCGGCGACUAAUCCUCGCCUGUUUCCGAGCUCUUGGUUUCAGCCGACCGUCAGCCGGGACGAUGUUACAAAGGUACAGGAUCAGCUGUUGCUGGCUCGUUCUCUGGCCAGGACGAUGCGCGAUGAUAUGAACAACAUGCUAGGGAAAACAAGAGCACCCAUCCAAGUGCCACAGAUGCUGCAGCAGAUCACUGUCACUCCCCUAGUUCCGGCAUUCACGGAAGAAAACGCGGACGGUGGCUGCGAGCGGACUUUGCCGCUGAGCACGGACACCAGAGAAGCAGCAAAGGGUGAAACUGGAGAAGAAAGUUCGGCCGUUCCACAGGCUGCCGAUGAGGAUGGCCUGGACUCGUUCCCAACCCUGAUGUCGUCGCAAGCCGUGGAGGUUGUCACACGAAAUGCAUUCACCCUGUCUGCUUCUGAAACAUCUACUGACGUACAUGAAUGUGACCCAGCGCCAGACGGUGAUUCCAUCGACGGACGUGCUGUCGCCAGUAAGGAUCAUGUUUCUCCUGCAAUCAACAAUGAUCAUGCCGCUACUGACGGUGCUGUAGCUAUGACCAAAACCGACGGAACUGAUAACACCAAUGCCAAUGGUUACUCCACUGAUACUGCCGCUACAAAAGGUGCUGUUGAUGAUGCUACGACCGCUAGUGAUGCUACUUCAGCAAGUGAUGCUAAUAACGCGGGAGGUGUUAUUUCAGUGGACACUAGUAUCGCCGGAAGUGGUGCUGCUGAUGACAGUGCCCCUGAAGACGUUGCUCAUUCCACCGGCACCGGUGCCAGUGGAGAUGUUUCCGACAUUUACUAUGCCGCUACUGGUAAUACUAGUGAUGCUGCUGCCAGCGCUGCUGGUGCUUCUAACAAUGAUGCUGCUAGGACGUGUGCUGCUGCAAAUGGUGCCGGUGCAGACUUUGCCAAUGCGGAUAAUGCCAGUGACAAUGGUGCCGACGCUGAUGGUGCUGCUGCUGCCUAUCAUGCUACUGCGAAUGCUGUCGCUACAGGUGCUGCUGCUGCCGACAGUGCUGCUGCCGACAGUGCUGCUGCCACCACUGAGGGUGCUGCUGGUGUCAAUGCUAAUGGUGCCACGGCUGCCAAAGCUGCUAGUAUGGAUGAUGUCUCUACAGGUGAUUCUGCUGCUGACUGUGCUGCUGCGGUCAAUAAUGAUGGUGCUGCUACUGCCGACAAUGAUGAUGGUGCUGCUGCUGCUGCUGCUGCUGCCAGUGACGAUGCUAGUACGGACAAGAUCGCUACAGGUGGUUCUGCUGCCGCCCCCGGUGCUGCUGCCAACGCUGCUGGUGAUGCUGGUGACGAUGCUACUAUUGACGAUGUUGCCACCCGUGACGCUGCCUCAACUGGUGUCGCUGCAGACGUUGCCGCCACGGAAGAUACCGAAGGCGAUAAUGCCGUUGCCGGUGACGCUUCUGCAAAGGAUGACCUUACGAAAAAUGUCGAUGCUGACGAUACGGCUGUGAAUGGUGCCGCUGCAGACGUUGCCUCUGUGGUUGGCACUGGCGGUGAUAGUAGCUUUGCCGAUGAUGCUUCCGCCGAAGGUACCCCUACCAACAGUACCGAUGCCGACGAUAAUUCUGCCAAAGGUGCCGCUGAAGACCCUAUCUGCGCCGGUGGUGCCAAAGCCGAUAGUGCCAUCACCGAUGAUGCCGACGACAAAUAUACUAUUACUGAUUAUGCCAAUGCCGGCGAUAGCGCUACAAACAGUGCCUCUGCAAGAAUUUUGUCUGCCGACGAUGCAGAAGCUGAUGGUGCCGAAGUCAACAGUGCCACUACCGAUGGGGCCGAUGGCAAAGGUGCUCCUAGCAACGUUGUCGAUACCGACGACACUGCUACCGACGGAGCCAGUGCUGAUGGUGAGGAUGCCAGUAGUAGCGGUGCCGCUGACAAGGGAGUUGCUGCUGCCGCCAAUGGUGCCGUCAGCAUCGUUGGCGAUGCCGAUGGUACAACUACUGCUUCUGAGAGCAUCAACGCCGAUUGUGCCACCAUCGACGAUACUACUGGCAACGCUGCCAGUGCGGACAUUGCCUCUGCAGCCAGUGCCACUGCCAAUAUUGGCGGUGGCGGGGGAGCCAGUGCUGAUGGUGCUAAAACCGACAGUAUUACUGAUGAUACUACCGUCGCAAGUGAAGCCAACGAAAGCGAUUCCAAUGCCAAUGGUGAUGCUGCUCACAAUGGUGUCAGUGCUGAUGGCAUCAACGCUGAUGGUGUAGUGGCCAGCGGUGUCAUAGCAGCUGUUGCCUCCGCUAGCAGUCCAGCUGUCGAUUUUGCCGAUACUGGUGAUGCCAGCGCUGAUGGGGUUGCCGCUGAAAAUGCCACUAAUGAGAAUGCCGGCAACGAAACUGCUGCUAGCAAUGGUUCCAAUGCUGAUGUUGCCGGUACUGCGGGCACAGCAGCAGACGGUGUUGUGGGAGGUGCUGCCUCUGCCGACGGUGACUCUGCAGAUGGUGGAGCUCCUGACGAUAUCUGCACGGGUUAUUCCUCUGCUGAUGCUGUGAGUGGCGUUCAAGCCCUUACCAAGACCUCAACAGAGUCUACAGAUGAUGUAGCUACUACAGAUGGGGCAAGGAACAAGGAAGCUCCUACCGACGAAACGGUUACUACCAAUGAUACGGUUGCUACUAACGGGGUAGCGGAUUCCGUUCAAGUAGUCACUACCGUCAAAGAAGCUGAUACAGACGAGGCAGUUGCACCCAACAAGGUUUUGGCUACCGAUGGAACAGGUGACACUGAUGAAGCAGUUCCCACUGACAAAGCAAGUACCGCCGACGAAGCAGCUACUACCGACGAGGCAGUGGGCACCAAUGAUGGAGUUGCUACCAGCAAGACAGCUACAACUGAUGAGGUAGCUUCUGCCGAGGAAGCAGCUACUGCUAAGGAGGCAGCGGCUACAAACAAGGCUGCAGCUGCUAAAGACGAGGCAAUUGCUCUUGACGGGGAAGUUGCUGCCAACAAGACAUAUGCUACGACCGGGAAAACUCCCAGUGCUGAAAGAAUGGUUAGAGGUGAGGCUGAACACAAUUCAGCCACCGGGGCUUCCAAUGCUGAUGAGAAAACCACUUCGAGGCAAGGCACAAGUGAUACAGCUAUCGCUACCGAUGCACCUGCUGCUUGUUUUGAUGCGGCUGCCCUAGAAAACAAACUCGCUGCGGGGCAGGCAGUAACAACCAGAACUACCAAUGCAUGUGCGACAGGAGGUGAGGGUAGCACUGCUGAAGAAGCAGUCACCAGCAACGGAUCGCUGACCACCGAUGGGGCCGCCACCAUUGAGGAAGCUGUUGCUACUAUCGAAUCUCCCACUGGUGACAAGGCUAUGCCAACCAGCGUGGCCGACAUUACAGAUGAGACUGGCUCUAACCGUGUGGCUGACACUACUGCUGAGUCUGUCACAAGCGACCAGACGGCUAAUGCCAAUGGCACUACUGCUAGCGAUUUGGCUGUGAAGGCCAAUGAGGCGAGUGCCAUGAAUGGGGCUGAUGAGACUGCUGCUGCGGAUCCAUCUGCCAGUACAGGUGAGGCUGCUGCUGACGGAAAUUCGUCCGCAAACAGAGCUCUGCAGGCUGCUACAGACACAGGCGCUGCUUCCACCGCCGCCGAGGAAGUUACCCCUGUAUAUCAGGCUGCCACUGUGGACCACGCUGCAGGAACUGGGAAUUCCCCUGCCAACGGAGCUGUGCUGGGUGCUGACCUUACUGAUGUGGGUACAGGUGAUGCCGCCACCACCGAUAAUGCUAACACAGCUCACGAGUCUUCACCAAUCACUCAGGUCACAAUAAUGACCACUGAGCUUUCAGUGACGACGACUGACUCCACAGCAAACAUCAAGAUUGCAAAUACGGACCAGACUGAUGCUGCUAUAGAGGUCACUGCCACCAUGAGUGAAACUGUCGCUGUCGAAUACACCGCAAGGAACGAUGAUGCUCCCACUACCGAUGAUGCGCCGGUUAUCAUCGAGCAGGGGAAAGGCGCCGUGGCAAAUGGCAAACCUAGCGACGACCAGUCUACUGCCGGUGAGGACGCCAGUGGCAGGCCAAGUGGUGAUUGGCCUAUUGCUGAUGACAACGCCUCCAGCAGCAAGGCAUCGGUGAAGUCUGAGCGACAGUCACCGCAGCUCUCGAGCAGCCGCUAUUCCGGCGCACAGCCGGGUGCACUCGCUCACCCAGUCACUCCCAGCACUGCAUUGCCAGAGAGCAGCAGAACUCCUGCCGGCACCGAAGCGCCCAACGCUUCUGGUGUGGAUGAACUGCACAGGCUGUCGCUGCUGGAGAAGAACCUCAGUGCCACACUGGAUAACCUGUCUAAUCGUGUUGACAGGAUGCAAGCCAAACUCAACGACCACUCACAGAGCACAUGGAACAGGGGUGAACCACUGCCGUGCGUUGCCGGACAGCCUAGCUACGCGUGCACUUGGCAAGGGCGUAUCUACGUAGCGAGUGGCACGGCAGGCUGCCCGGUGCUGUUCAAGAGUGACGUGGACGACGCCUUGCCGUCGAGAUGGAUCCAGUGCAUGCUGCCCGCAUGUAUCCAUGCCGUGCUGGGAUUGGCGGCGACCGAAACACACCUUGUACUGCUGGCUCACAUGGACGAUACGCUGGCAGAGCAGUAUCUCCAGCCCUUUCCACAUCUCUUUGUUACCGACACUGUAUGCGAGAUCCACAAGUAUGAAGCUGCAUCAGGUUCAAUGAACAGUUCGCCUCCAUUGGAUACGUCAGCGGGUCAUCACUCCACCAUCGAUUCUCAAUCACCUAAGUCAUCUCCCUGCGCAGCGGGAGAGCAGAGAGAUGAGCGCCAACAUCCUGACAGGGAGGAACAAGCUAACAGCGUGAUCACAGAGGAUCCGGCCAACGACUGUGCCGAGCGGACAUCUCGUGGAAGUUGGGUCUUCGAGACUGUCGUGCCGUGGCAGAUUUACGACUCUGCGCUGACGGUGCGUGAUGAGACGGUGAUCAUGGCUGGCGGAUGGGAUGGACGCAAGACCGUCGGUCUGCUUGUUGCGUACCGCUUGACAGACCACAGAUGGAUUAUCUCAAGCCACGUAGCGCAUCAAGGAGAAAAGACCACCGGGGACGAUGAGUCAGAGUGGUGCUCACUGGUUGACUUCUCUCACGUCACUGGCGUCAGGAACCUGCCGUUAGCAGUGGCUGGAGCGUGUCCAGUAUGGGUCGACGACGCGUUGCUGCUGUUUGGAGGAUUCACGGCAAAGCUGCGUGUUCAGCAGAGCAACUUUGACGUAGUGCGUGUCACCUUUCACGAGCCCAGCAGGUCUGAUGCUCAACCUGACCAGUUGGACACGGCGACCGACAGGACUUGCGAGGAAAAUCAGCCAGCGUCGGCAACCCCGACCGAGUGCUGGAGUUCCGAACGAUUCGCCGCUCUUUCGCCAACGCCAACUGCUCUAUGCUCCGCUGUGUAUCAAGACAAUCAACUGAUGACCGUUGGUGGAGUGCAGGUCGUCACUCAGAAGAAAUCCUCGCGGCCGCGCAAGGGGAGAUCAGAGGCCAAGAAGUGCGCGCGCAUGGCCAUCACGUCGAGAAGCGCGUUCAGCCUUCUAUCCCGAGACGUGUGCGUGAUGGGCCAGGCAGCGGCUCAGUGGGCGAUGAACCCUCCCUUGACCAUUGCCAGGCGCCGGCCAGCUGUUGUUUACCACGCAGGCCACUACGUGUGUAUCGGCGGCAGCAGGGGCAAUGGCCAGUAUGAGAACAGCGUCGAGUUCCUCCCCUUGCCGGUGUAAUGCCUAUGGGAGGUAUGCAUCGAAGAUGGUCGUCACCUGUUUGCGGGGCAAAUUACCCCAUUUUUGGCAGGUACAACCCAUUCCAGUACAUUUAUGUGUAUAACCGUACAAAGCUGAUGACCUGUUAUGCAGAGCUGGUAUUAUAGGUGUGUACGGUUGUAGUAUACUUGCCCCGCCACACCGAACGGCGGGAAAUGGAUGCAUACAUCCCAUUUGAUGUGCUCAGCUAGCGUCCGUCGUCGACCGUGGAUUGAAGCACAGUGUGUCGGCCAUCGCUUUUCACCAUUGCUACUCAAACGUAACCCGUGUGUGCAUUAGUGCUGUUGACAUGCCGCUGGGCUUCAGGACACUUGCACCCUGCUUGCGCCCUGAAUUCAGUAAACGUCACGGGCUUCUAUUUUCCUGAUGCCUUUGUUUGGAUAAUCUAAACAAGCGGGCUCAGACUUUCGAAGAACUCUGCAUGACUGUGGAAGGAAAGCCGUUGCAUACAGUUUGCUUUGAGACCGUGUAUCCAUCACCUUGAGUGUUGAACCGUUGAUCCAUUUUACAUUAAUUUGUACAUGUCA